AUGGCAUUGAUUCUAAAAUAUUCGAUUUAUCGUUUUAGACCAUUCUCGCCGGGAGAUUAUGAUUUGUACAAAAGAGUAGUGGCUCUCAAAAGCAGUGACUCGGAUCUCAAAGUUCUCAUUUCAUACGGAGGCUAUAAUUUCGGCUCCUGGACCUUUACGCAAAUCGCAAACUCAACAUCUGCUCGCAGCAAAUUUAUCUCAGGCGCUCUCAAGCUUAUCGAAGAAUACAAUUUGGAUGGACUCGACCUGGACUGGGAAUAUCCAUCUGGAGUAGUUAGCUUGCAUGCUGCUCUCUCUAAAAAAAAUCGCGGAACUUACCCUCUCCUUCCUCCACCAAAUUUCAAAUACUGCGUUUCUCUCAAAAAAGCUCCAUUUAAAGAGCACACCCAAACUGUAAGUUCCUACGAUUAUAUUUUUUUGAUGUCCUACGAUCUGCACGGCUCCUGGGAGUUGAACACAGAUAUGCACGCCAAACUGCGUGAAAAGAGCGGUGGUGGCAUCUACAACACUAUCUGUGAUAUGAUCAAAUCUGGUGGCAAGGAAACAACUGAGACAACAGCGGUUGGCGCAUAUAUGUCACAAGGAACUAACUGGCAUGGAUACGACAACCCAGCAAGUAUUAAAAUAAAGAUGGAAUGGAUUUUAAAGGAAGGCUACGCAGGCGCCUUUAUAUGGGCGUUGGACACUGAUGACUUUAAUGGAAAGCACUGUGGAAAAGGUACAUAUCCGCUAAUGAACGCAAUCAAUGAGGGUUUGGGAGGCGCAGUGCUGCCAGAAACGACGACGAAAACACCCGGUCAGGUGAGAAAACGCUUCAAAUUAUUUGAAAGAUACUGA